UCAUCACCACCCCAAAACUUGCACUCUCUCUUUUUCUUGCUAGAAAAGGGAACCAAAGUGACCAAUAAUCAUACCACAUAUGACUAGAGAAGACAUUAUAGAGAGAAGAAACCAAAACAGUUGCUGUAUUGCCAAGUCAUCUCUCACAACUAGCCCUCUACGUUGGGAUCUCAGAAGUUUUCUUGAUGAGUGUUUGUGUUUGAGAGAUAGAAGAAAAAGAAAGAAAGAGAGUACUAAUAAUAAGAAGAAGAAGAAGCAGAAGAUGGCAGGAGGAAGAUACUGGUACGAAGAUGUGUUGCCAUUUACAACUUUGGUAACAAUGGAAUGUGUAAAUGUUGGGCUGAACACACUUUACAAAGCAGCUACUUUGGAAGGAAUGAAUUACCAUGUUUUUAUUGUUUAUGCUUAUGCUAUUGCUGCUCUUGUUCUCCUUCCUGCUCCUUUCAUCUCCUCCAGAUCAAGAAUGCUUCCUCCACUAAGCUUCUCUAUACUGUGUAAAAUUGGUCUUCUUGGGGUAAUUGGGAGCUCAUCUCAGAUAUUGGGAUACACAGGGAUUAAUUAUAGUUCUCCAACUCUUUCUUCAGCCAUCAGUAACCUUACACCAGCUUUCACUUUCAUCCUUGCUAUCAUUUUCAGGAUGGAAAGGGUAUCUCUGAGAAAAAGAAGUAGCCAGGCCAAAGUCUUGGGCACCAUUGUGUCAAUAGCUGGUGCAUUUGUAGUCACUCUCUACAAAGGCCCUCUAAUAUUUAUAGCUUCAUCUCCAUUUAUUGCACUUGAUCAACCUCCUCGCUCAUCCAAUCCAAAUUGGAUUCUUGGCGGCAUUUUUCUCACAGCUGAAUACAUACUAGUUCCAUUAUGGUACAUUGUUCAGACACAAAUAAUGAAGGAGUACCCUGCAGAGAUGACAGUAGUCUUCUUUUACAAUUUAACUGUCAGCUUCAUAGCAGCAGUCGUGGCUCUAAUCUCUGAAGGACCUUCAAGUGCUUGGGUAGUGCGGCCGGGUAUAGCGCUAGCCUCCAUUGUUUGUUCGGGACUAUUCGGAUCAUGCUUAAACAAUACUGUUCAUACGUGGGCCCUGCAUUUGAAGGGACCUGUCUUUGUAGCAAUGUUCAAGCCAUUGUCAAUAGCCAUUGCUGUUGCAAUGGGUGUCAUGUUCCUUGGUGAUGCUCUACAUCUUGGAAGUCUCAUUGGAGCAACGAUAAUAUCUAUCGGGUUUUAUACUGUAAUGUGGGGAAAAGCCAAGGAAGAGGUUAUUGAAGAUUAUGGUGGUAGUAGUCUGCAAUCUCCAUCGGCCCAGAAAGUGCCUCUGUUGCAAAGCUACAAAGAUGAACUAGUGUAGGGCGAAAACGUGCAGAGAUAAGUGGAUAGCAAAUGCAAAUUGCUUUAUCUUGCAAAACGAGGAUGCUUCUGCAGUUUAAACGCCAAUUGUAGGAGUUGCAAGGGUCAGAAUCUAUUGGAAACGUCUCUUUGUUAAUGUUGAAUCUUCUACUAGUACACUAGCACAAAUUGUACAAAAUGCUAGACCCAGUAAGUUAAUAUUGGAUACAGAUAGCAACUGUAUACAGCAAAUCUCCCUCACAAGCAUGUAUUCUUCUUUCAGACUCCAGUACAUGGUAGACUGGACUUCUGAUGUUGUAGCAAGACAUUGACCUGGUGUUUUAAUCUUAUCAGCUGUCGACGUACUAUAGUUGAGAA